AUGGCUCAUUCACUCUACAAUAUACUAAAACCCCAGUGGAAUGGGUGCUUAUUUUAUCGUUCCAUAUUUCUGCAUGGUACAGUUAGCCACCCCGUGCAAAAAAUCCGUUAUAAGUGGAAUGAGGGGCCCAACUCCAUAGACAUAUCAAGUGAAGUCAAGUCCCUGCCGCCGUUCAAGAUUCUCGGCCAUCGACAACGAUCUAUGGAGAUUUCUCUUAGGACAGGAAAUUACUCCCGAUUGGCUUGCGAAAUCCAAUUUGUGCGUUCACUGGGAUACUAUUUGAUUCAAAUAUACAUUCCGUCUACAUUAAUUGUGAUCAUAUCAUGGGUAUCAUUUUGGUUCAAUCGAAACGCAAUACCCUCACGUGUCUUUGUUGGUGUGACCACUGUACUGGCCACGACUUCUUUUGUGUCUUCAAUUUACUCUGCUCUUCCCAAGAUUUCGUAUAUUAAAUCCAUUGAUGUUUACCUCGGAUUUUGCUUAAUAAUGGUCUUCGCUAGUCUAUUAGAAUACGCUACUGUUGCAUACAGGCCUAAAAGGAUUGAAAUGAAGAAACAACAAUUUACUGCUAUCCAGGCUGCAGAGAAAAAGAUACAUAUCGAUGGGCCUCCUGGCACGUCUGAGCCACUUCCACCGCCUAGAACAAGCACACUUCCAAGACCUGCUCAGCCUAGCCGCUCAUCGUCCUACAACUCUCACACACAGGAGGUAUCCAUCGAAAUCCACGACCCGAAAGCAUAUUCAAAUAGUGUGUCUCAUGAAAACACGAUUAAUGCUGCAAGAGCCCCCUCACCGUCAGCGCCAGCUGCUCCUCCCUCAGAAGAAGAAAUACCACCGCAUCUACUACAAGAAUUGAAGAACACCAACAAGCUGUUUGGCACGACCCCUUCGGACGUCGACAAGUACUCGCGCAUAGUUUUUCCCGUUUUAUUUUUCUGCUUCAACCUAAUGUACUGGAUUAUAUACCUUCACGUUUCGGAUGUCGUUGCUGACGAUCUGGUACUUUUCCGCGAAGCAAUAUAA